UUCCAGCAAACCUGCGGCCUGCUUCUGCGAACUGGCGGAAGCUUGGAAGCAGCUGAACUGCACCACGAAGGUCGAAGUGGCCAGAGGGAGUAGCGGAGCUGCGACGGAGAGACGAACACCACCGAACUGCGACCACCAUCUGCGCCGCCUCCCUCCGUCCACGUUCCAGGUCCCUGCGUCAGCUGUCUCCCCUCUCCGGCUCUCCGAUUGACCGAGUCCGCCUCUGCCCUUUGCGGCUCUGCCUCCAGCUCCAGACUCAGCAUGUUGGCAGAAGCAUUUUCCUUGGGAAUCCACCGUUGGUUCAAGUCAAAACUAAAGCUCCCACCUCUGCACCUCAAUUCACACUACCUUAGCUUGCCCGACCUGAUCAUAGAUGAUUCCCCCGCGAACCACUUUGAAUCCGCCCUUACUGAUUGCACUCCAGUCUUGAAGUCCAGUUCAAGUGCCACCGCUCAAGAAAUUCAGACCAUUCUCAAGCGUCACGGUGACAAAUCCAUCACUGGGCUGCACAUCUACCUCAGCGAGAGCGUGUUCUCCUUAACAGAUGAGUUGGUUCUUGAUGUGAUUAAACGGCACCGCUGUGAUUGGAAACCGGCAUAUGCAUUCUUCAGUUGGGUGUUGGAAGGUGGAAAUAAUCGCAAGGGAUACUCGCCUGGGAGUGCUGUUUACAACCAAGUUAUCGACAUCCUUGGGAAAAUGAGACGUUUUGACGAGCUGAACCAGGUGCUCAAGGUAAUGACUGAAAGAGGAAGCGUGUUCACUGAAAGAACAUACGGGAUUGUUGUUAAUAGAUACGCUGCGGCCCACAAAGUUGAUGAAGCUAUAGGUUUUCUCUACAAGAGGAAAGACUUUGGGCUAGAGAUAGAUUUGGUUGCUUUCCAAAUCCUUUUGAUGUCUUUGUGCAGGUUCAAACAUGUGGCGGCCGCCGAAUUCUUGUACCAUAACAAGAAAAAGGAGUUCAGGGACGAGAUAAAAACACGCAACAUAAUCCUGAAUGGUUGGUGUGUUCUGGGUAGCUUGCGCGAGACGAAGCGGUUUUGGAACGAUAUAGUGACUUCUAACUGCAAACCAGACAAGUUCACAUAUGGGAUAUUCAUCAAUUCACUGUGCAAGUCUGGAAAAAUAACCACGGCAGUGAAGCUGUUCCAAACAAUGUGGGAAAAAGGGUGCAAUCCGGACGUGGCUAUCUGCAAUUCCAUUAUAGACGGUUUGUGUUUCAAGAAGAGGAUACCCGAGGCACUUGUGAUUUUCAGAGAGAUGAACGAUAAAGACUGUCUGCCAGAUUCUGCCACUUAUAAUUCCCUGAUCAAAUAUAUGUGUAAAAUUGGUAGGACAAAGAAAGCGUAUGAGCUUUUGGGGGAGAUGGAACAAAAUGGGGGUGAUUGUUCACCAAACGCUAGAACUUACAGCUACUUAAUUAACUCUGCCAAGAACCAAGAGGAAGUAACUCAGGUUCUGGAACGAAUGGAGAAGCAGGGAUGUGGGAUGAUUGGGGACACUUAUAAUUUGGUGUUGAGGGUGUAUAUGAGUUGGGGUUGUUAUGGAAGUGUAAAAAAAAUGUGGGAUGAAAUGGAAAGAGCUGGGUCAGGGCCAGAUCAACGGUCAUAUACAAUCAUGAUUCACGGGUUGUAUGAGAAAGGAAGGCUAGAGGAUGCAUUGUGUUAUUUCACUGAGAUGACGUCGAAGGGGAUGACACCAGAAUCUAGGACAAGAUUGUUAGUGAAUGCCAUCAGCAUUACCUUGAAAGACAAAACAGUUUUAUCCAACACUGCUCAGAGCAAUGGCCUUCAUCAAAGUCCAAAAGACCUGUGCUUACUUCAAGCGUUUUCAGGUCAAAUUCAAAAGAAGGAGAGAGGGAAAGACUGACUAUCGAGCUAGAACUAGAUUGAUCAAUCAGGACAACGCACCAAAAUACUGAUUUGUUGUCCGAUUUACCAACAAGGACAUUAUUGCUCAGAUUGUAUCAGCCAGUAUAGCUGGGGACAUGAUUGUUGCAUCAGCGUAUGCUCAUGAACUUACUCAGUUUGGCCUUGAAGUUGGCCUAACAAAUUAUGCUGCAGCAUACUGCAUUGGGCUUCUGUUGGCUCACGGAGUCCUCAAGAAACUCGAGAUGGAUGAAGAUUAUGAAGGAAAUGUUGAGGCUACUGGGGAAGACUACUCUGUGGAACCUGGUGAAAGCAGGAGGCCUUUCCGUGCUCUCUUGGAUGUCGGUCUAAUCCAAACAACCACUGGGAAUCGUGUCUUGGUGCUCUGAAGGUUGCUUUGGAUGGGGGACUUGACAUUCCUCACAGUGACAAGGGAUUUGCUGGAUUCAGUAACGAUUCAAGCAACUUGAUGUUGACACUCACCGCAAGUACAUCUAUGGAGGUCAUGCUGUGGCAUACAUGAACAGUUUGAUGGAAGAUGAAUCAGAGAAGUACCAAUCUAAUAUAUCAAAAAGGGCAUUGAGACAGACAACAUUGAGGAGAUUUACAAAAAGGUUCAUGCUGCUAUAUGUGCUGAUCCUUGCCCAAUGAAGACCAAGAAGCAGCCUCCUAUGGAGCACAAGAGGUUCAACCUGAAGAAACUAACUUUUGAGGAGAGGAAGGCCAAGUUGGUAGAGAGGCUCAACACUUUAAAUGCAGCUGCAGGAAAUGCUGAUGACGAUGAUGAUGAGUGAACAAUAUGAAAAGAACAUUGUCCACCUAUUUCCAAAUUGUUUUUUCUAGUAUUUUAAUCCAAAGUUAUGACUCAAUUUUGCCUGAUGCAUGUCUUUCCCUUCCAUGAGUGGAUUUUGGAUUUGUAUCAUCUGCUCCUAUAUUAUUUCUUAUAGCUUUUUCCUGCUCUCUAAAAAAAGACAAACCUGUUGUUUCUAAGAAGGUGGCAGCCAAUAAGUAACUUAUAU